AUGAAAUACAACAGUUAAACCAAUCCUCCUUCGAAUUUCCAACACUUUAUGGGCGUUGCUCCAAACUAGUUCAACUCUAAUGUCAAAGGUUAGACAUUAAAUCCACAAUAACAGAAUCAGUUUGAUUAAUCUAGGGUCUCAUAAUUGCCUGUUUCCAAAAUUGAGGAGAUCAAUAACCAACAAUCUCAUGAAGUUAAUCAUAGUCAGAUUGAUCCCCAUUAGCACUCAUCUAAAGGCUAACAUUAUCAUCCUCUCACCAUGCCAUGCAAUUGGGAAUUGGCUAGAAAACAUGCUUAAUCAAGAAGGACAGCUUUAGAGAAAAAGAAGGACAUUAAUAAAACUACAAAUGUUGAAACCUGUCCUUGCUGUGGAUUUGAAGUAGAGAGAGAUGAUAUCCCGUACUGUUCAAAUCCCAUGGCCUUAUCAUUUCUAGGUUCUGGAUUCACCUUAUUUUACAAUUAUCUUAAAUAUUGCAUAAUAAUCUUGUUCAUAACUUUGGUCACUAAGCAGAUAUAUAAUCUCUAUACCAGUUAUGAGGGAUCAUAUUGCAGUCACUUUAAAAGAGAAAAAUUAGAAGGACAUAUAGUAGAAUUACCAAACUGUUCAGAAUCAUUGUUCUUGAAAUUAUCAUUAGCUAAUAAAUUGGACAAUCGUUAAGCUUUGGAGCAUGUGCAAAUCUUAAACUUUAUAAACCUAUUUAUUGUAAUGAUGGUUCUCAUCUAUUUUAGAAAAAGCUAGAGAUAGAUAGAUACAACAAUAGACGAGGAACUCUUGACACCUGCUGAUUAUACGGUUUGUGUCAAGAAUAUUCCUUUAGGACUAGGGUUAGAUUACAAAUGGGAAUUGAAACAUAUGUUUGAGACUUGUGCAGUUAUUUCAGAUACGAAAUCUAUUGUAGUGAAGAAGGUUGUUCUCGUUUAUGAUAUUGAAGAAAUUAUCGAGAUGGAAAAACAACUAGAUGAAUUAGUGGAUAGGAAGAAAGAUCUUAUAAAAGAAUAUGAUUAUCAAUUUAAUCAUCCAAAAGUUUUGGAAAUGGAUUAGAAGAUCAAACAGCUGGAGCAUAAAAUACAUGAAACUGAGAAGGAAUAUGAAAGAGAAAAUAAAAAAUUUGCCGGAAUAGCAUUCAUAUCAUUUGAUGAUGAAAAUAUGAAAAAUCUAGUGUUACAAGAGAAUCAACAUACCCAAUUCGAGAGAAUGAAGUCAUAUUGGAAUAAGGGUAAAUUAGAAGGAUUGUCCGAGAAUGAUUUAUCAUGGCAUGAUCAAAAAUUAUUUAUUGAACAGGCUCCAGAACCAAAUGAAGUUGAUUGGGAAUUCAUUCAUGUUAAAACUGAAGAAAAGAUAAGCAAGAGAAUGAAGGCUUGGAUAAUUUACAUCUUGGUUGAAAGUGCAGCAUUCUACUCAAUAUAUCUGAUUUCACAUAAAGUGGCUAAAUAUGGAGAUGAGGCAAGAGAGGAAGAAAUACAAGGAAAAUUGGAUCAUAAUACUAUGUUGAAAAUAAACAUUCUAUCUUAUGUUAUAUCCUUGAGCAUUGUUCUAUUUAAUAAAUUUGCAGUUGCCAAAAUAGUUCAUUAUAUUGUAGAUGACGAAAAAAUAUCCAGUAAGACUAAAUUUUAAAUAUCCUUCGUUUACAAAUAUGCUUUAGCAUUAUUUUUGAAUGCAGCUAUUAUUAGUUUCUUGGUGGAUAUUGUGAUUUUAAAGAAUGUGGAAGGAGCUGGAGGGUUCUUACAAAACGAAAGUUAGAUUUUUAUUCUGAAUGCGAUAUUACCUCCGUUUAUAUGGUGUGUAGAUCCUUGGAGUUUAUGUAAAAACAUCUGGAGAUGGUAUAUUGUAAGAAAGGGUGACAAAGCCUUACUAACUUAAUAAGAAGCAAAUACAUUAAUGGAGGAGCCUGACUAUUUGUCAGCCAAAAGGUAUUCAGAUAUUAUGAAAACAAUGUGGUUUACUUUUCUAUAUGGUACAGCCAUUCCCUUAGGCACAGUUUGCAGUGCUUUUGGAAUUCUGAUUUACUAUUAUGUUGACUAUUAUAACAUUUUAAGGAGGAGAACAGUGAAGGAAUCCAUCAGCAUUUAAUUAUCAACAGAGAUGAUUGAGAUGUUGGAAUACAUAAUAGUAUGGAGUGCCUUUGGAGAAAUGAUCAUGACAUAUGCAUUUUUCAAAGAGAUAAGCUAGAUUGAUGUUCUGUUGAUGGUGAUUGCUAUCAUCUAUGCUUCUUUACCUAUGGAAGACAUCUCAGAAUAUUUGUUCCCAGUAGUCAACAACGAAGAAAUUAAGCCAUAUGAUGAAGGAUGUUUGGGAUUUGAUACAGAUUAUGACAGAGAAAACCCAGUGACAAGACAUAAGGCUAUUGAAGAAUGGAAUGAUAAACAAAAUAUGCUUAUCAAUUCAAACUACAAAAUUCAGAAGUACUAUCAAUAAUAAGAUCAAUUUGGGUAUAAUAAUGAUGGCCAUUAUGGCAGAAGAUGA